CUGAUUUAGCACAAUAAUUGGGUGUUGAGCCAUAUUAAGGCGUCCCAUCACAAAGGAAGACCAGAAGAAAAUGCGCCUAGAUCUAAGAAAUGUGGAGGUGCCCCUGAUACGUGACUGCUAUCAAGCAAUUUCAGUCCACUCAUUCUACCCACAUCUCACUAAUUUGUUUGAUAGUUUCCAAGCGCUCCGCUAUCGCAAAUCGGAUCACAACAUUUUUGAACCAUGGACCUUGUUGGGCAACUGCCUACAGAGUAGUAUGUCUAGGCACAAACUACUAAUUUUCUUUUUUGACCUAUUGUCCUGUUUUAUAUUCUACAAUGCCCGACACCUUGAUCUACCAUAGCUGCUACUUCAAGUCUAGAAAUCACUGCACUUUACAGUGCAGGGGCAGUCGCAUCAUCCAUGGCGUCGAUCAUCACUGAGAUGUGGGUGUGGUACGCCCUGACUGUCUUCAUUGUCGGUGCGCGAAUCUUAUCACGACGACUCCUUUUCAAAUCCUUCAGGGGAUUACAAGCGGAUGAUUGGCUUAUGGUAUUCACACUGGCCGUUCACACCGGCCUAUUGGUGAUUGUCUGGAUUCAGACAUAUACCCCUUCGAAUCUCUUGAACCCGGCCGAUAAUAUCGAACUUACCCCAGAUGAGAUCAAGCGACGAGAGUAUGGCUCCAAACUUGUUCUAGUCACGGAACACCUGCAAAUGGUUGUUCUCUGGUCGGUCAAGGGCUGCUUGCUCAUAUUGUAUUCCCGCCUGACUAUGAGCUUGAGACACAAUCUUUUAGUCAAGAUUGUAGCAGGCUAUGUCAUUGCCAGCUUUGUCAUAAUGGAAAUCCUCUGGUUCGUCUGGUGUCGCCCUUUCCACCAUUAUUGGAAAGUUCCUCCUCCAGAUUUAAAUUGCUCCGCGGAAACGAAUCACAUGAUCACCAACGCCGUAUUUAACAUAUCCUCGGACAUCAUGAUCAUCAGCCUUCCUAUGCCAGUCUUCAUGCAAUCGCAACUUCCUUUGAAAAGAAAAAUCAUUCUCUCGAGCGUAUUUGCGCUGGGCAUCUUUACGAUCCUUGCUGCAAUUUUGAGCAAGUACUAUAGUCUUGGCUCACCUUAUGGGACAGAAUGGAUUUACUGGUACAUACGAGAAGUUUCUACAGCAAUAAUCAGUGCCAAUUUGCCACUUACCUGGACUUUGUUACAGAAGAUCUUCGGUGUGAGUAACUUUUACUCUAGGUAUGGAAAAUCAUCGCAACAAAGGACAGGGGAACCUGCAGGACCGAAUCGCUUCAGAUCUGCAUACGGUAACCUUACAAGCGCCACAAGGGAGGAGCAUAAGCAGAAGAAGCCAGAUCCGCAUGCUAUCGAUAUAAGUCCCUCAGAAAGCCAGGAAGAGAUCAACCAUACUGCACAUGAAAUCCCGUUGCAAAUAUGGCAGCAAAGAGCCGUUCAUAUUACUACAGAAGAGGUGGAUUCCAACAAAGCGCGUGCUUCGUCUGACGGAUCAAACAAGUCCGUUGUUGAUCAAACUGAUAUUCCUAUUUAUAGCUUUGUUAACAAAGCAGAGCAUAAAUCCUGAGCAUGAAUGUAUACAAGUAAAAUUCUUUUUCUUUCUUGAAAAUACUGGGAGAAUACUCAAACUUAACUGUUGUACUCAUCGAUAACACUAACUGGUUUCACGAAUUUGCCUAGAGGGCGGUACUCUAGAUGGUCCAUAGAAAAGCCCUUUGGCCCGCCAAUGUCAAUGGCACGCUGAGUGCUUGUCCACUUGUCACUCGCUGCUAUACCC